AUGUUAAAGAUAAAAAAUCUGGAAACGAACACAACAAAAUGCUUUCAAUUGCCAGCCGAUCCUCUUCUCAGCCCUGUUCCCGCUUGUUUGACCACAGAUUCUCUCAAUCAAAACGCCCAAGGCUGUGUGAUCCGUAGGAUGGAGUGUGACUCGGAUUUCGUGGAUUUCGGCUCAAUGGUUGAAUUCGACUACGAUUCUUCCAAACAAGUGAGAAAUGGAAAGUUCGAUGUGGUAGUCGUGUUGACGUGUAAUGGGACGGGAGAUGGAUGGGUGUUCACACCGAAUCGACCCGAAACGGACUGGGGCAGCAACACAACGGUCGUUCAUGUGGCUCAGUGUUUUGGGCCAACAUGUCAGAAUACGGGAGAUUGU